AUGCGAAGGUUGAUCACAACGUUGCCGCUCUCUCCACGGACCACGGGCGCGCGCGCAACGGCCCUCGAGAUCCUUAAAUCGAUCGAACAGCUCCACUACUCGGCAUGCAAUCUCCGCCAUGACAGGCGUGUCGUGGGCGUUCAUCAUCAUCUUGCUGUGCACAUGCUCAAGUUCAGGGGACACGUGAGGUUGAGGCAAGACGGCGUGAGAGCUGUUGAUGCCGAACGAUGA